AUGACGACGGAGGGGAAAAUGGUUGCCCUGUUCCCGAUUCCCUCAGUUAUAUAUCUCAUCCACAAUAAUGUGCAGUUUGCUACACUCACUUAUGUGGAUACUUCCACCUAUCAGAUAAUGGGAAAUUUGAAGAUUGUUACGACUAGGGUACUAUUCAGGAUGUUCUUAGGUAGGAGGCUUUCUAACUUGCAGUGGAUGGCUAUUGUGUUAUUGGUCGUCGGGACAACCACUAGUCGAGUGCCAGAAAAUUGUGUCUCACAAAUUUGUGUUGAGGAGUUAGAUGAAUAUCUAGUUCCGACGUUUGUUAGUGGUUGUGUAGCUGUGAUGCAAUAG